AUGGACGGUGAUUGUGGUGGUGAUGGAGGAUUUAGCAGUAGUGGAGAUGGAGGAUUUAGCAGCAGUGGCGAUACUGGGUUCAGCAACAGUGGUGAUGGAGGAAUUAGCAGUAAUGGCGAUGGGUGUUUCAGCAGCAGCGGUGGAGAUGGAUUGUUCGGGAGUAGCGGUGGUGCAGAUUAUAGCAAUGACUCCAAAUUUUAUUCUAUUGACCAAGGGGAAGACAAUCAUACUAAGUGGAAUCAAGGACCCUUCAUCACAUCAUGCGACGAACCUGAUAAAGCUUACAUUAUGGAAGAUGGAGAUAAUGAUAAAAGUCAUGGUUUAUCCAACAUUAUGUAUCAAACAUUGGCAGCUGCUUCGUUCACUAAAGACCCCUUACCUAAUGAGAAUGGAGAAGCACCAAUGAGCUUGUUACUUGAUGAUUCAGCAGAUCUUCAAGAACAGGCAGAUGGCGCUGGUCAUGGAAAUGGAAAUGGUUGUGCAGAUUUCUUCUAUUAUUAUUCACUAUGCUGCUGUACAAUAAUGUAA